CGUGCAUCGAAUUGGCUUGAUACACUUGAUUUGUUGCUUUAUAUCAUCAGUGAAACGUCGUUUAGCUUCACUGUACUGCGCUGGAACAAUGAAGGGGAAUUAAUCCUAAUUGGUGUUUAAUUGAUUUAUUUGCAAAAGUUAAAGCCUUUAUAUGUACCUUUAGAUUGUACUUAUUAUUGCUGAUAGAUGCUGACACUCUCGUGUGAUCAAAAGCAUCCCCCAUCCCAUUCGCUUUUUUUGUUUUUUAAACACUAAAUGUCACACUUUUCGUUUCCGAUUACCUUUAAAUGUACCACUUAUCUUCGUGUGAAUUUGAGGCAGGUGACGCUCAUAUGAAGCUCGCUGCUGCCCUCCGCUGGUCAAGUGGUCUCACUCCUCUCCCCUGAAACAGCUCAGACCCAAAAGUCAUCUUGAUGAACUCAUCAAGCUCAUCAAGCCCUGCUUUAAAAACAAAUCUGUCUGCGUGGAUCUCAAUGAGUUUUCUACUCAUCAAAAUCAGCUUCACAUCAGAUUUUGUUGGGCCUGCAUCAUAGAGUCAACAAUCGUCUGUGUCUAACACCAAAGAAGAUGUUUGCCGAGGUCUUUGUUAUUCACUUUUUUGCAUCCUAAAUAACGAAAAAAACAUCAUCAACGUUAUCAUCUUCCUUUCUACCCUGAUAUGUCUUAAUUUUCCUCUCAUACCAGCUAUGCUGUGUGUUCAGAUUUUUUACAUAACAAAAUAUGUGCUUUUUGUAUGUGUGUGUGUGUGUGUGUGUGUGUGUAAUGGAUACUUUACUCUUUCCAAAGAAGAUCUGACUCAUUUGAUGCAGCACUGUUUGUUUGCUGCGUGACAAACAACACAACUGUUCACAAAAAAAUGAAUAAGAAUGAAAUUGAGUAAAAGGCAGGAAGAGUUGUUGUUAUGUAAACAAACAGGUCAUGUUGCUGAAAUGUGUUCAAUCACAGCAACACGAGGAACCAGUAUUUUCUCUCUCUCUCAUAUUUACAAAGAUACAGUAAAAUGCAUAGUUGGAGGAGCCUCUGUCACAUUAAAUCCACCCACUAGAUGGUAGGAUUGGACUGUGGCUGCACCUUGACACCAACUACUCAAAUAUUAGUUGAAUUAACCAAUUGUUCCAUAAUUUAAAGAAAAUUGCCGCAGGUGAAAAUUAAUUUAAGGUUGAAUUCAGGAUGUGAAGAACGGCAGCGAUGAUCACUGGCGUUCAUGUUGAGGUGAUUCAGGUGGUUAAAAAAAACAUAAUCAUAAUCAUAAACUAUAGGCCUAAAUUUAGUUGGAUCAUCUGUGAUCCUUCCUUUUGUUUUGUGUUUUUUUUCCCUGUCUGCGUGAUGGUGGUGUGUAUAUGUACUGUACGAGACAAUACAGUUGCCUGGAUACAGACUGUAUCCAGGCAACGGCGCACGCGUGGUGCCGCCGGGAGCAGAGCGGGCGCAGCGCAGACAGCGGAGCGGCAGUGAAGGGCAGAGCUAAAAAACAGAAAAAAGGAAGAGAUGUACGGCCGAGCACCGAGAGUGAGCUUCAUGACGGCCAGCGGCACGUCACCUGCCGUCGGCCCCGGGUCCUACGACGUCACCCGGCGGGACCACAAACCCCCCGUUGGCUACGCUCCUUUCCUGUCCUUGACCAACAGACAAUCAGUAUUCAGGUCCACUGAGGGGAUGCCAGGACCCGGACAGUAUGACUCCUCACCGAUAAAGCUAAAUGUCCACGGUGGCCGCAGUCUUCCGAACCGCUCGAAGCGUUUUGAGGAGGUUGUGUCAGAGGUUCCUGGCCCCGGGGCCUACAAUGUGCUGCCUGCCUCAGGACAUGUGCUCAGGGCUGCGACGGUGGACGCAGGACAGACUGAGAAGCUUGGCAGAAAAAGGUGGCUGCAGGCUAAAAGUUUGCGGUUGGUUCGUCAGUCAGAUAUUGCAUCCAUUCCUUCCCCGGGCCAGGCUUAUGGCUAUGAGGAGGAUGGCUUGGGUGUGCUCCGCAAGCAACAGCGCCCGCCUAGGGACACAACCCUGGGGCCAGCCUACUACAACCCAUUACUGUCAGAGAUGAGUUCUGCACAGAAGUAUAAAGGCGUCCACUUUGGCAACAUGACAGGGAAGAGAGGGGAGGUGACAGUGGAGCCGGGACCAGGUCCAGGACAGUAUAACCCUGAUAUAGCCCCAGAAACACACUAUGAAAAUAUGAACCUUCAAAGGGAAAAGAAAGGCAGGGCUGAGCUUAACAUCCCUCGCUACCAUGAACUGGUGCCCAAGCAAGAGGAAAAGAAGGGAGUUCCAGGGCCAGGCCAGUACCAUCUCAGAAGCCAAUUUGAGAAGCCUGUGAAGUCCAGUGGGAACCUGCCGAAGUUUACUAGCCCCUUCCUUUCUCAGACAAAGCGGUUUAGCGCUGUGAAAGAAGUGUCGCCUCCUGUUGGUGCAUAUAAUGACCCGCGCUGUGCCCUGGAGCUGCUGAAGAAGACAACAGGGGUGAAGAAAAGCCCAUUCGGCGUCACCGCUGUGCGCUUCACUCCGAACCACAGAAAAUGUUCAACACCAGGUCCCGGCUCCUAUGAUGUGUUUGAUCAAGGUUUAGCCCAAGAGAGUUUUAAAAAGGCACUUUCGGAGAGAAGCAGGAAGGGAGGCUUCGGCUCCACCGCUCAACGCAACAGCUUCUUCCACAACAAGGAAUCAAUGGACGCCCCCAGUCCAGGGCAGUAUGAGACAGAAAAGAAGACAGAGGAGCUCUAUAAGAAGCAGCAAACGGCGGUUUUCAAAUCAGCCACGGAACGCCUGGCAUUAUCACUUCUUGCUAAAGAUUCCCCGCCACCCAACAGUUACAAUGUGAGUCAGACAUUUGAGAAGUCUAAUGGCCACUCGUACUCAGGACCUCGAAGUGAAGGAGCUAAGAGACGUCAGAGCUGCUUCCUCUCCGCUGCACCACGGAGUGAUGUCUUCCUUCCAUGUGACCCCAGUGUGCCAGGCCCUGGCCAGUACAACCCCAGUGUAAAAUCCUCCCCUAAGUUGGCUCUCAUCUCCUCCAGAGAGGAUCGAUUCAAGGUCUCCAUGAACACUAACCCCGGACCUGGCACUUAUCAGUUGAGCGCCGGCAUCAUGAACACAUCGCUGAAGGGCACCUUCAACGUGACGCUGGACAACCCUCUGGGCCCCCACCGCUCCACCCGUGUGGCCCCUGGCCCUUUGAGAGCCCACGAGACCAUCAACGCUGUCGCACCCAACACCUUCAUCGCCACCAGCACUUCUUAGCGCUUGUUGGAGUCAAACCUCAGAAGGGAAAGGCAGCAGUUUGGAGGAUGGUGACUGCUCUUUAAUCAAUAUUGCAAAGUGAAAUGCCUACAAUGGAUCCUGGCUCCACAACUGUUGGUUCCCAGGUUCUUUACUGUUGCUAAUGACAACCUUGGCACACCCUCUGUAUACACCACUUCAUCAUAAUCAAUAAUGAUUAUGAAUAUGAACAUUGCCUUAAGUCUUUUGAAAGUAUGUUACUUUUAAAAAGGACAUCUUGUCCAUACAGCACUUUGUUUUUUAAAAACAGCAAUAAGGGUUUGGCUAUUUGAAUUCUACUGCACUGUUUGGAUUGGCUAAUUACAGAAAAUCUGGGGAAGUCAGACGAUCAGGAAUGCAUGUCUUAAGCUUGAUUUUGCGUCUUAACUUCCACAGGCCAAGAUUUGUUGGAAAUCAUGUUUUAUUUAAUGACGAUAAACCAGCGCAUGACACCGUUCAAGAAAAUGCUAUUGGGAUUCCUAUAGAUUCGUAGCCAUACAUUAUUGCUUAACAUGCAUAAAUCUUUAAAGCCAUUCAUUAUGUAAAUUUGUGCUGACCACCUGGGGAAACAGGUUUGAAAGUUCUAUCGAAGACUCGUGACUUAUGUUCCAGUAUUGUUGUACACUGAUUUGUUGCUCAUUGAUCGAAUUAGCCUCACCUUCCCCAAACAUCCACAUGUACAUGCUGCACAACAUACAGCAAUACACAUCCAACAACAUGCAGUAACACACAUCCAAAACAAAAGAGGCAACCACAUGAUUGGUUGUAGGUCUAUCCAAUUGCGUCCGCCGUCCAGAGGCAUUUUGGUCUGCGUCCACUAGUAAGACCUCUUUGAAAUGUCCCAGACUAAUAGGCGUUUGAGUAUUAGUCUGGCUAUACCAGGUUUCUACUGUUGUGGCAUGAUUUGGUGCUCUAGGCUUGGUUUUAACUAAGCAUGCAGAGAGGCGGUCUGAUGUAUGACUGGCAUGAAAUAUUAAGUGUUCAAUUCUGCGAUGCUUCCGAACAACUAAGAGUAGAGAGGCUGGAGAGUAGAGAAGAAGAAGUGCAAGGGAAAUUGUGUUUAAAAGGUGGGAAUACACUUUAAAGUUAGAAAAAUAGUUAGAAACAUGGAAGUAUUGCUUAGAAAUUACGAAACAUAAACUCAACAUAGUGGACUCGCAUAGAACACAUUUAACACAAGGUCCACCAUCUGGAAUCUGAAGGUUUACCACUGCCUGGUCAAGAUGGAUAUUUUUUUUUUGUCAAGGACGAUGAUGUGUUGAAAAGUCAAGUAUGCAAUAGUUUUAAAGACCUGCAAGUGCAAAGCUAUUGAAAAAAUGUGGAAAAACAGAUUUUUUGCUCUUGCAUGUGGUUUCAGAGAGAUGGAUGGCUGUGACGAUGUGUUCAAUGUGUCAGGUAAACCACAUUUCCUGGCCGUUACCACUGGAGGGUUGUAGAUUUAUCCUCUUUUUCUCUACUGAUCAUGAGCCAUAAAUCUGCUAUUCAUGGCUGUGAGCAUGUCUGGCUUGAAGACAAAGACACAGAAUGUGUUAAAGCAUCAACAGAAGAGGCACCGAUGACACUGUCAUAGCCACCACUUCCUCUUGUCUUGCUGUGUUGAAAAACCUAAACGUUCAGACUAGCAGGUUCGGAGUACAAUGUCUGUGAUUGUUCCUGUGGGCCUUUUAGCUUAAUGAGGUGUUUACCCCCUAUCGUUAUUCAGCCGGGAGCAGAGCAGAGGGAGACGGAGGAAUGGGGUGGGGGGGGGACAGUUUAGAGGAAGGAUCUUAUGAUAUAGAGCAAAAUGGAGUCAAAAAGAGCAAGAGGGGAAAAAGAGACCAGUGCAGUACGGAGAAAAAACAAGAGAUUGUAUAUGGGCAGAGGACAGAUCAGGGAGUUGAAGGAAACCAGAGGAGGAAAGAAAGGCAGAGGGGAAGGGGAAAGAGCCUGGUGUUAUUUAUGUCUCCCUUGGUACUCGUCUUUACCUUUUUUUCCCCCUGCGAGCUGUUUUACAUCAGCGAUCUAAUUAAAUCAAAUAAAUCACAGUGGGCGCGCGCGUACACACACACACACACACACACACACACACACACACACACACACACACACACACACGCACGCACGCACGCACAUACAGCGGGGACAACAACCCCUCCUGAUUCUAGGAUUGUGAACAUCUCCUCCCACCACCUCCUCCACCUGAGAUUGAAUAAAUCUCGAUUAUGGUGCAUUACACGGCACAUCAUUCAUGUUGUUUAUGGGUCUAAAAUAUGCAAACAGACCAGGGGCACAAAAGUGAUCGAUGCUCAAGUGGGACCCUUUUUCUGUUCUCCUCUCGUCUCUCAAACGGCACCGUCACUUACAGCUGUCUUGUGUGGGAUGAAGACAUAUUGUGCCGUGUCCUUACACUGUCCCCUCAUGAUGGCUAUUUAUAUUGUCUUUGUGCCCAGGCAUCCAAAAGGCAUUUUUAUUACCUCAUUUACUAAAGCGCUCUCUCUCUCUCUCUCUCUCUCUCUCUCUCUUCAGUUCAGCCAUUAUUAAAUCUAAUUAGCUCUGCCAAAUCUUGAAGCCGUCCCUAAGAGAUCUCUCGAUAAUUGUGAAAUAGAGGUAAGCUGAUCAGUGUUUUUAUUGGUUACAGUGGGACUCUAAUAUGCAAAACACACACUCACAUAAGUAGCAGCUGCUGAAGCUGCAGUUUGUCUCCAGGAGAUCAUUGUUUGGGUAUAUUUAGUCAAAAUAUGUUGUUUUGGAAUUUUCUUUUCUUUUCUUUUGGCCAAAUAAAGCAUGAAAUUAAUACUCUAUGAUGAUAAUAGUUCUGUGAAGACACAACGUUGCAACUUUCAUGGUAUAAUUCGAGUCCAUGAUUUUAAUGGGUUUGUUACAUUAUUUUGCAAAAAGGGGGGGGGUCGUUACAGAUUUCAUACUUCUACAUGUGAUAAAAUCUUGCAUUGAAUUUCCACUCUUCGUCUGGUUUCUGUUUUUUUUUCUUGUAAGUGAAUACAAUCCCUGCUUCAAAAUAACAACAACAGGGGAAUUUUAGAAUACUGUUGCUACCUAGGUGAUUGUAGAAUUGUAAUUGGUUUACAUGCUAUUAUACUCAAAAUAUAUAUGGCCAGUGUCUGUAGAUGUUUUUGAAGCUUUUCCCCCCACCAUGACUGAGGCCAGGUCAUUGUAUUGAGUAUCACUGUUAAAAGUGUAAGUCAAUGUUAAAACUCACCCGAGGUCAUAGUAGUUUUUAUCAAUCUUCUGCUGACCUUAUAGAUAAUUUAAUCAAUUCAUGUAAAUUUAAAGUGCUAUAUUUAGCGCAAUCAUCUGAAGAUGACAUCAACACACUUUCAAAUACAGCUGGGUGGAAAACAGAUUAGCCGGUGUCUUUAAUUAAAGGAGAUGUACAGUAGUGCAGGAGAAUCAAUGGAGAGGUUAACAAGUGCUGACAAGGGCAGAGGAGACGGCACGACUUCAUUUAGAUACAGUGAGAAGGGGGAGACCGGUUUCUGUUCAGUGGCAACUCCUCCCCGCAUGCAUCCACCUUAAGGCCUGGAGCUGCUCUGGAUAAUUGUAUUGGACAAGGGCAUGAUGGGGAGCUCAUGUUUUGAGACUUGUCAGAUUGCUGAUGAAUGCUUCAGCUGACAUUUACCAAAUGGUUACUCAUCGCCUAUGAGAAUAAAGCUCUCAAAUACA